AUGAAUAUGAAGAACAACACAAGAGGAGUCUGGAGGAAUUUAAGAAGGAGUUGUCCAGUCAGAUCUUCAUUCAAUUGAGUCAGAUGGGAUCACAAUACUCUCCCCUUAUUGAGGUGGAUUUACAGGCAUUGGCUGCACGUCUUAGCACUAAAGGAAGUAAUGUAGAAACUGCUGAUGUUGACCCAUCAGGCGACAAAAAUGUGAGCUUAAAACCCACUAUGGGGUUAUACGUGCAACGACAAAAUACUACAGUGUUGGUGGCCUUGGGGAAAAUAUGUGAGGGUGGAUCAGCCAUUCACAAUGUCACUUAUGCUGAUGAUGUUGUGAGGGUGAGUGUUGACAAAGUUAUAGAAGGUGAUGCCGAAGUGCCCUUCCCGACAUCAGAGAUUCAAUAUGUCAAGCAGGCUCUUCAAACAUUCAUUGCAUGGCCAACAAAUCUUGUGAAAAAAGUGUCACAUGAGGAGUCCGAUACUAGUCCAAAGAAACUUCCUGAAACAGAUGAAAGAGGGACGAAUGAUUUUGACCAUGAUCCGUUGCGUCAACUGACUAAGAGCCUAUAUUUCAUGUACGACACACCUGUUGAGUUGAAGAUAUGGACAUAUGAUACAUCAACUCCAGUGUCUAGAAAUGCAACCAUAUAUUGCAGCACUGAAAUUUUGUCACUUGACUGGGAAUGUAAAUCAGACCGCUUGCUUCUUAUAGGUACAUCCGAUGGGUGCAUUAAGGCAUGGAAUGUGGAUGCAAAGAGAGUUGUCUGUGACCUCAACACAACCGAAGCAUUUCCAAGUGUAUUGGACAUAAAGUGCAGUCCUGUGGAACCUAUUUUUGUGUCUGCAGCAGCAUCUGGAGGGGCUGGUUCUAACUAUAUUGACAACCUGGGUUUUGCUUCACUUACUGUGUGGAACAUGAAGACAUGGAAAGCCAUGACAGUCCUUCCUCUUGGAGAAGAUCCACCAGCAAUUACUUCUCUAUGCUUUAAUCACAAUGGAAAGAUUUUGGCAGCUUCUGCCGUUGAUGGAAUGAUUCACAUGUUUGACAUGUCUGCUGGUCUACAAAUCACUGGCUGGCCUGCACAUGAUUCUUCCAUCAGUUCAAUUCUGUUUGGACCAGAUGAGACUAGCAUUUUUAGCCUGGGCUCUGAUGGGAAGAUUUUUGAGUGGAGUUUGCAAAAUCAAGGUCAAAUCCUGUGGUCGAGAGACUCUAGUAGGUUCUGUUACCCCCUCAAUGAUUCAAAAUAUUGCAGACAUGAGAUGGCAUUAGAUGCAAAUGGGAGGAGACUCUUGGUAACAUCCAGUUCAUUUAGAGCACCCAUAUACCAGGUUAAUGAUUCGUGGUGAAUUGUGAUUAGACCA